AGGCGCAGGGCUGGAGGGGACCUCCUGGUGGAAGCACGUGACCUGGGUCUGGAGCCGGAAGCUACCUAUCUGAUAGGGAGCGCCCCCAGCACCUAAGGCUGCGAUGACUUCUGCACUGACCCAGGGGCUGGAGCGAAUCCCAGACCAGCUUGGCUACCUGGUGCUGAGUGAAGGCGCGGUGCUGGCGUCAUCUGGGGAUCUAGAGAAUGACGAGCAGGCAGCCAGUGCCAUCUCUGAGCUGGUCAGCACAGCCUGUGGUUUCCGGCUGCACCACAGCACAAACAUACCCUUCAAGCGCCUGUCAGUGGUCUUUGGAGAACACACGCUGCUGGUGACCGUGUCGGGACAGAGGGUAUUUGUGGUGAAGAGGCAGAACCAAGGCCGGGAGCCUGUUGAUGUCUGAGCCGCCAGAGGCCCGGGCGCUGAGGUGGAUUGGGUCCAUGGGCCUCUGUGAUGAGGAAGACGCAAACCUCCUCCAGCUCUUUCUUGGCUUGCUGCUAGAACUAAGGCUUUCUGCUCACCCACCUCCCCACCCCUACCUGGAAGGGCAGAGGCCUGGGGACUUUGCACUGUGUCAAGGAGAGUGAGGGCAAGGGGUUCUGCCUCUUCCCUCCCUCCCUCCUAAUAAACAUAAGUCUGAUAUCCCCAGCCC